AUGAAACUUGCCUUGGCUUCCAUCGUCUGUUUAUUACUGGCAGCACUUUCUCUUGCUUCGGAAGAACAACCAACUACUUUGAAAGGAGCCAUCUUAAGGCCUUCUGAAAAUUGUAAACGCACAGUUGGGAGCAAUGCCAAGGUUACGAUCCACUUUAAGGCACGAGCAUGGGGAGAAACCGAGUACUUUGAAGAUACCUAUAAGACCAAUCAACCUUUUACAUAUAAGCUCGGUCGUGAUAAAAUGAUGGAAGGAUUGAAAAAUGGAUUACAAGGCAUGUGCGAGGGCGAGAUUAGGCGCGUGUUAAUGCCGGCAGAUAUGGCUUUUGGUGAACUAGGUGUCCCAGGCAAGGUACCUCCCAAUACCGCCGUUGUAUAUGAUAUCGAGGUGAUGGAAGUCAACGCCCCCUUCACGAACCCAUGGUUUUAUGCUGGAUUGGGAGUGAUUGCACUUGUGUAUGUAUAUAUGGAUCGGAUGGCCAAGGCUGUAGAUAAUGCGAAACUUUCAAAGUUCAUGGAGAAGAAGGCUGCUCAGGAUAAUAAUAGCAAGAAGGAACAGUAA